UGUGGUUUGGGUGCGUGUAUGUGUUUCCCCUGGACUGUUCUGUGUCCUUGUCCCUGCCUCCUGGCAGCAAGGAGCCACCCAGCAGCCUGUCUGUGAUUGGGCAGAGGAGUGGGGUUCUUGACACAGCGUGGUGCUGACUUCUCCGGGACGUGUUUCAACAGAUGGUCGAGGUUAGAGAGUGUCAUCACAUCGGAGGGAGGAUUAGAGGGGAGAGGUUGUCUUCCAGGAGCUGUGUGGUCCCCCUCUACUCUUUAAGUUAGAAUCCCAGCGCCAAGACACAAUCCCACUUUAUGAGUGAAGGGAGAUCCGGUGAAGAACCAGAGGAUAAAAACUAAGAGAGGAAUUCUGGGCUUGCCUCUCACUCAGUCUGCAUUCUGCUCCUCUGCCUUUCAGAUUACUUUCGGAUGCUGCCAAACAGACAGAUGGCUGUCCGUUCCACUUCCCCCAAGGCUGUGAGAGCUGCAGGGCUGUGAGGCAGUGACCUGACUGCUUCUCUACUCCCUUCCACCUCCCCAUAAAUCCUCCCACCAGCCCAUCGUGGGGUCUGUUGCAUUGGACACCAUGCUGAUUCAGUGGCUGUCCUGGUUGACUCUGUUGUGUCUGGAUUGGACUCCAGGCAGCUGGGCUUUCACCACCACCAGAGCUCAGGGGCUCAGGGGUCGCAUCCAGAGAGACCGCAGAAACAUCCGACCAAACAUCAUCCUCAUCAUGACUGACGACCAAGACGUUGAGCUGGGUUCACUACAGGUGAUGAAUAAAACUCGCAAGAUAAUGGAAGAUGGCGGCAUGAGCUUCACCAACGCUUUUGUCACCACACCCAUGUGCUGCCCGUCACGAUCUUCCAUGUUGACGGGGAAGUAUGUCCACAACCACAACACCUACACCAACAAUGAGAACUGUUCCUCACCAUCCUGGCAAGCUCAGCACGAACCUCGCUCCUUUGCAGUCUACCUUAAUAACACUGGCUACAGGACAGCUUUCUUUGGCAAAUACCUCAAUGAGUACAAUGGGAGCUAUAUCCCUCCUGGGUGGCGUGAAUGGGUCGGAUUGGUCAAAAACUCCCGCUUCUAUAAUUACACCGUCUGCCGAAAUGGUUACAAAGAGAAACACGGCGCUGACUAUGCCAAGGAUUAUUUUACAGAUCUGAUUACCAACGACAGUAUUAGCUUUUUCCGCAUGUCCAAGAAGAUGUACCCUCACCGGCCUGUGAUGAUGGUCAUCAGCCAUGCUGCUCCUCAUGGCCCUGAAGACUCUGCGCCGCAGUAUGCCGAGCACUUUCCAAAUGCUUCACAGCACAUCACCCCCAGCUAUAACUACGCCCCCAACAUGGACAAACACUGGAUCAUGCAGUACACGGGCCCCAUGAAGCCAAUCCACAUGGAGUUCACCAACUUUCUACACCGGAAACGACUCCAGACGCUGAUGUCUGUGGACGACUCUGUACAGAGAAUUCACGACAUGCUGGCAGACACUGGAGAGCUGCAGAACACGUAUAUCAUCUACACAGCAGAUCAUGGCUACCACAUUGGACAGUUUGGGCUGGUCAAGGGGAAAUCCAUGCCUUAUGAUUUUGAUAUUAGAGUGCCAUUCUUCCUAAGAGGACCAAAUGUGGAACCAGGGACGGUAAACCCACAUAUGGUGCUCAACAUUGACCUAGCUCCCACAAUCCUCCAUAUUGCUGGACUGGACACACCUCCAGACAUGGAUGGAAAGUCCGUCCUCAAGCUGCUGGAACAAGACCGGACUGGAAACAGAUUCAAACCCAACCGGAAACCAAAAGUCUGGAGAGACACAUUCCUGGUGGAGCGAGGAAAGAUUCUGAGAAAGAAGGAUGACUCCUUGAGUACUCAGCACACCAACAGCCUCCCGAAGUACCAGAAGGUCAUAGAAACCUGCCAGCUGGCUGAACUGCAGACACCAUGUGAACAACCAGGACAGAAAUGGCACUGUGUUGAAGAAAUUGCAGGAAAAUUAAGGAUACAAAAGUGUAAAGAUGGUUCCAAAGAAGGCACCGGUAAGAGAACCCGCAGCCUGAAGCCUGGCAGCAGUCAUGACAACAGAGAGAAGGUCUGUGACUGCGAGGACACUUUGUACAAACCAUCCAGGAUGGAUCGUCGCUCCCACAGACAAUUAUCUUCCUCGGCAGGCCAGCGUUACCGUCCCCGGUUUGUUCACACACGGCAUGCCAGGUCCCUCUCUGUGGAGUUCGAGGGUCAGAUUUAUGACAUCGACCUGCAAGCGGAUGACCUGACAUCUGUCCGCCGCCGGAUUAUCUCCAAACGCCACUACAACCCUGAAGACCCAGACUACGAUGUGGGGUCCGACGACGGCUCAGAGGAAAUGCUGGCGGAUGACACAAAUGCAGUGGGAUACCCCAACUCUGUCAAAGUCACCCACAAAUGCUACAUCUUGAUGAAUGACAGUGUUCACUGUGAGAGAGAAAUCUACCAAUCUUCCAAAGCCUGGAAAGAUCAUAAGAGCUAUGUGGAUCAGGAGAUUGAGGCACUUCAGGACAAAAUCAAGAACCUUCGAGAGGUCAAAGGCCACUUGAAGAGGAUACGUCCAGACAAGUGUGACUGUGGAAAAGGUUACUACAGUAAAGGACUCAGAAAGAGCAAUGACAGACUGAAGAGCCGGCCUGAUCAGCUCCACCCAUUCAAGGAGACCGUUCAGGAAAGCGACGGGAAAGCCCAGUUAUACAACGAAAUCCGGAGGAGGAAGAAGGAGAGGAAGGAGAAGAAACGACAGAGGAAAGGAGACGACUGCAGCCUGCCUGGCCUCACCUGCUUCACACAUAACAACGACCACUGGCAGACCCCCCCCUUCUGGACAUUGGGUGGAUUCUGUGCAUGCACCAGUUCCAACAACAACACCUACUGGUGCCUGAGAACAAUCAACGAGACCCACAACACGCUCUUCUGCGAGUUUUCCACAGGAUUCUUGGAGUACUUUGACCUCAACAGCGACCCCUAUCAGCUGGCCAACACAGUAUACGCUGUGGAUCGGGACGUCCUGAACACGCUGCACGCUCAGCUUAUGGAGAUGAGGAGCUGUCAGGGGCACAAGCAGUGUAACCCCCGCCCCAAAGGUGCAGAUGCAGCAGCGCACAGCCAGCAUGGGCAGGACGACAGGGUUAAGCUGCCCAACUUGACAGACGAGGAGGUGAACUGGCAGGAACUGGAGGAUUUGUACAGCAUCAACGAAAGCCUGUAUGAGCACAGGCCCGACUACAACCCCAGCCCAGACAACUGGGCCAACUUCCAGAAGGACGCAGAUAAAAUGUUUGCCCUGCUACACGCUUUGAACAAAUUCAACCAAACCUGGAAGCUUGACGACUCCACCCUGCCAGAGCUGGGCUCUGGGGCCGGGGGUGGGAGCCUUGAAGAGGGCAGCGGAGAAGAGUCCGCCUCCAGCAGUGACGCUGGGCCAGGAAUGGCAACAGAAACUGGUCUCGCCACCCCCGCCCCCAGCAGACACCAGUCAGAACCCCCACUACCAGAGCAGAGGCUGGAAACAGAUGGAAAUGACCUUCCUGAGAAAUCUGUGAACAGACUCGGGGGGGCAUUUAUCCCUCUGGUGACGGUGCCUUCAUCGGGCUCGAGCAGAGAAGUCAUCCUCCGCAGUGGUGUGUGGGUGCAGCAGCUGGAAGACUUGGACGGAGGAAUGUUCAGCGGAAACGGACCGACGGAGCUGGAGACCCAGCACGACAGCCUGCUGCGUACCCACAACAGCCUGCGAGCCCAGUCAGAACCCGGCUCAGUCCAGGGGGGGUCCGCCAGCCCUCAAAUCCACAGCCUGGACCCGGAAGAAGAGGAGGACAUUUUCAAGGCCCAAGGCUUUCUUCCAUUCUCCUCACAGACUCUGAGGCCAAAGGUGCAGGCCCACACCCCCACUCCCACACAGACCAGCCCCUCCAGAGGUGUCAGGGUGGAGCUUGAAGCCCCACCUCAGUCAGCUCUGUCAUUCGACUUGAACUAUGAGGGCAGUGGCUCUCUGCCCUCCCAUCAGACUCUGUGAGGCAGCCAGCUUCUGGUCACCAUGGUGACAAUAGACACUAACAGUCAAAUUUGCGGUGAUGAGCGACUUCACUUCAGUCAAACUUGCAUAAUGAACAUCAAAUUUAUUUUUUUAAUUGAUGGCUACAUUUAUUAGUAAACGGUGUUCUUGAUGUUUUUUUUUUUGUUGUUAAAUAUAUAUAUUUAGAAAAGGAAAAGCCUUCAUGCAGCCAAACUUAAGGCUUCGCAAUAAAACAAACUAUUUCUAUGACAAAAAAUGAGCUCAACAGUGAUGUUUGUAAUGGAAACCAAGAACUGCAAACUGCUUGUGUAUAAACUGGUGAAAAAUCCUUAAUGCACUUUGGAGCUUUCCAAUAUUCUGAUCCUUCUACUGGUCUGGAGAGUCUGUUACGACUUUAGGACAAGGAUUAUAAUUUAAAAAGAUAACAAAAAAUGUUUCAACAUCUAAUGAGGUUUAAGCAAGAAAGUGGAACAUUUGAUCUGAAUUACUUCUUUCAUUUUGAGCACAUUUUUCCCUCUACUUUCCAACAGCUCUGACUUUAGUCUGCCUCAGUUCUCUGGCUUUUAUUUUGAAAUUUAUAUCACUGAAUAAUCACAAGGAAGUUUCAGGAAUUCAAAAAAAGUCAAAUCUGAUAUUUUUUUUUCGACUAUCAAGUGCCAUCUUAUUCAGAUCAGAGGUGAAAGUUGAACAGCAUUACUAAUAAGGGGCACAGGCAGUUUUGGAUUAAGAAUAAAUGUGUUGCAGAGACUGCCUAAAGCUCCAAAAUCUUAUAAAACUUGCCUGGCACCGUCUCCUGGCUUUAAGUGUGUGGCUUCCUUUUCAACAGUGUGGACAAAAGGGUCUCGCUUCAAGAAAUAAAACCUGUCGGCCUUGUCCAA